UUUUUUUAUUUUAUUAUAUUUCAUUUCACUUUUGCCUUUUUAUAAAUAUAUAUUUUUUUAUAAAGAAAAAAUACAUACACACAUAUAUAUUACAUAUAUAUAUAAACAUAUAUACUCAUCUUUAUAAUUAAAUUAAAGAAAACUGUCUUAUGGGUAACUCGUAUAGUAGUUGUUGUUCAAGCUGCUUUGGAAAACGUAAUCGAGCAGGACUUUAUGAGCCUUUAUUGCAAGAAAAUGAACGACAAGCUAUUGCUGAAUUAUUACAAUAUCUAGAAAAUCGAAGUGAUACCAAUUUUUUUGAGGGAGAGCCUUUACAAGCACUUUCAACAUUAGCAUUUUCAGAUAAUGUAGACUUACAGAGAUCAGCUGCACUUGCUUUUGCUGAAAUAACCGAGAAAGAUGUUCGUCAAGUUGGCCGUGACACUUUAGACCCAAUAUUAUUCUUAUUGCAAUCUCAUGAUGUGGAGGUACAAAGAGCAGCGAGUGCAGCACUAGGAAACCUUGCUGUUAAUACUGAAAAUAAGCUUUUAAUUGUUAAACUUGGUGGUCUUGAACAACUUAUUCGUCAAAUGGGUUCACCAAAUGUCGAAGUUCAAUGUAAUGCAGUUGGCUGUAUUACAAACCUUGCCACUCAUGACGAAAACAAGACAAAAAUUGCAAAGUCGGAUGCCUUGCGUUUGCUAGUUGAUUUGGCAAAAUCAAAAGAUCAAAGAGUUCAAAGAAAUGCUACUGGUGCUUUAUUAAACAUGACACAUACACAGGAAAAUAGACAGCAGUUAGUCAAUGCUGGCGCUAUUCCGGUUCUAAUUAGUUUGUUAAGUUCACCAGAUGCAGAUGUUCAGUAUUAUUGUACAACAGCAUUAUCAAAUAUUGCAGUGGAUGCUGGAAAUCGUAAAAAAUUAGCACAAACAGAUUCACGGCUUGUACAGUAUUUAAUUGCAUUAAUGGAUACAAAAAGUUUGAAAGUUCAAUGCCAAGCUGCUUUGGCUUUAAGAAACCUUGCAUCAGAUGAAAAAUAUCAGCUUGAAAUUGUUCGUUGCAAAGGCCUUCCUCCUCUUUUACGUUUAUUGAAAUCUUCUUUUCUACCUCUUAUUCUAUCUUCUGUUGCUUGUAUUCGUAAUAUAUCCAUUCACCCUGCGAACGAGUCUCCAAUCAUAGACGGAGGCUUUGUGAAUCCUCUUAUUGAAUUAUUAGCCUAUGAUGACAAUGAAGAAAUACAAUGUCAUGCUAUAUCUACGCUUCGAAAUCUUGCUGCAAGUUCUGAACGUAAUAAGAGAGCUAUUGUUGAAGCAGGUGCUGUAGAACGCAUCAAGACAUUGAUCAAUAAAGUACCAGCUAGUGUUCAAACCGAAAUGACAGCUGCUAUUGCUGUUCUGGCACUUAGUGAUGAUUUAAAGCAAAGGUUGUUAAAUAUGGGAAUAAUAGAAGUUUUAGUUGAAUUGACAUCUAGUACAAAUAUGGAAGUUGAGGGUAACUCUGCUGCUGCUAUUGGUAAUCUUAGUUCAAAAGUCAAAGACUAUACACCAUUUGUCAAGGCAUGGAAGUCUCCUGCUGGUGGAUUAGAAAAGUUUUUAAUACAAUUCCUUUCUGAGCAACAAGAUGUAGCUUUUCAACAUAUUGGUGUAUGGACAAUUGAACAAUUUUUAGAUGGUAGAGAUGAAAGAUUAUUAAGUCUGAUUGCCGAAUCAAAGUCUAUUGUUGAGUCUGUCAAGAGAAUUGCUGAUGAAGGACAAGUACCUAGAAUGGAUAAUAAUGAUGAAAAUGAGGAUAGUGACAUAUAUGCAUUAGCUAAGCGUGUUUAUCAUAUUCUACAACAAAUUGGAGAAUCAAAUAACAGAUCUCAAAAGAAGCAGCGUUAAACUAUGAUUUAAAUUUUCACUAUUAUUAUGUAAUACUAUAUUUUACAUGAUCCCCC